AUGAGUAACACUCCAAGUGAAUUCUAUGACAUUGGCAAGAAAGCCACAGAUCUUCUUCAUAAGGACUAUGCUCAUCAACCACGCUCGCCAAUUCAUUUUGAUUAUCGUAGCCUCAAGUCGAAUACUGAUAUCUCAUGCAGAGUUAAAGAUAUUGUUCCUGGACUGAGCACCCUUUUCAGUUUUUUCAUGCCAAAUUAUGGCAAGGUGGAUCUAGAAUACCUAAAUGGUCUUGCUGGUAUUAGUGGAGGCAUUGGACUGAUACGAAACGAUGCUCUUGGAAGAUUUGAUCCGAUAGCAAACCUGUCAGGUGUUAUAGGACGAGACGCUCUUUUCUCCCUCGGAACUGACCUUGCAUUUGACAUAUCUACAGGGGCAUUCAACAAAAUCAAUGCUGGUUUGAGCUUGAACAGUGGCUUCUUUGAUGCUUCCUUGUCCUUAGAUAGGUUUGACAGCUUGACAGCAUCAUGCCACUUCAUGGUGAACCCACAGACCAAGACAGCCAUUGCAGCAGAGUUAAAACACAGGUUUUCAAUCAACGACACUGCACUCGCAAUCGGCGCCCAGCAUGCGUUUACACCCUCCACACUGGCCAAGGGUCGAAUUAGCACACAUGGCAAGGUUGGGGCUCUUAUACGGCAAGGAUUGUGGCAGAGGAUUUUCCUGUCUAUAUCUGGAGAAGUGGAUUUUACAGACACAAGGCCAAAUGCAGCUCUGCAAAUCGGAUUAUCUUUGGCUGUUAGGCUCCAAAUGAAUAUCAUUUAG